AUGCAACUUUUUCAAUUAUUGAUUUGCUUUACAUCAGCAGUUCUCGUUCCAGUGUUAUGCCAAACAACUGAAGUAUCUUCAAGCACAUCAUCGUUGUCAACGACAAAUGAUCUUCUAGGUCUCUUGCGUUUGGAAGAUGUUAAAAAUUCGAUCAAUCAGCAGAGUCGAAUAUCAAAAUUGAAUGCGACCGAUUUUAUUUUUGAUUUUGCCAAUGCUAGCACAGGUAUUUCACAAGGUACCGGUGGAAGAACUAUACAAGCAUCAGCUUUCAAUUUUCCUGGUGCAAUUGGAAAUGGCAUCGCAAUGACUGUAGGCUAUUUAAACGCCUGCGGUAUCAAUCUUCCACAUACACAUCCUCGAGCAACUGAAAUAAACUUUUCCGUCGAUGGUGAUUUCGAUGUUGGCUUUCUGCAGGAAAAUGGAGUCAGUUUUGUCAGUAAUAAAGUAAAACGUGGUACAGCCGCUAUUUUUCCUCAAGGAGCCAUCCAUUUUGAGCAGAACUUGAAUUGUGUUCCAGCGACAUUCGUAGCUGCAUUCAAUAGCGAAGAUCCCGGCGUACUUACCAUUGCGAACCAAUUCUUUGGUGGAUUACCAGCGACGGUUGUUGGAGCGUCUCUUGGAGGCUUAAACAUAUCGACAAUACAAGACAUACGAAUGGCAGUAGCCAAAAAUCCUUCAGUAGGCAUCGCUGAAUGUCGAAAACGAUGUGGUCUUUAA